AUGUAUCUAACCAGAAAAAUAAUGUACUCAAGUAAUUUUAUUAGACAGGAAACUAAACAAAUAAAAGUUUUCCAGUGUAAUAAUCAAAUAAAAAACGGGAACAAUCAAGAUUUUCUUAAAGAAAAUAUACAGAGGUAUAAAGAUUGCAUUGAUGGUAUAAAAAUAAGACAGCAACCUGAUAAAAGUACAAAAAAAAGUGAUAUAGAAAAAAAAAACCAUAACUUAAUAAAUGAUGAACAGAUGUUAAUACCAGAGGACAAAAUGAUGAAAGAAGAACUAAAAGAUUUAGAAGAUCAAAAAUAA